AUGCAUUUCAGUGGGUAUAACGAACUACAUUUCCACCUUCAGGUCUUUGUUCUCGUCGCCGCCCUGGCGGCUGCCGUCGCCGCUGCCCCGGCUCCCGAUGCCCCGUCAUACCACCCGGAGUACCAGUACAAGGAGCCCAAGCCGUUCGCAUACGACUACUUCGUCAGCGACCACUACACGGGCACCAACUUUGUCAAGAAGGAGGAGAGCGAUGGCCACAACACCCAGGGAUAUUACUCGGUGGCUCUGCCAGACGGCCGCAUCCAGCACGUGAAGUACGUCGUCGACAAGUACGGCGGCUACAACGCUGAGGUCACCUACGAGGGAGAGGCCCAGUACCCCGAGCCCGCCCCGGCCUACAAGCCGGCCUCUCACCAUCCAGAGCCUAAGUACAAUGAGGAGGCCAAGCCUUUCGCUUACGACUACGCCGUCAACGACCACUACUCGGGAGCCAACUUCGCCAACAAGGAGGAGACAUUCUCCCUCAAAUGA